CCGCACGCAACCGCGCGAGGCGCCAGUGAGCCCGCGCUAGCCCCGCUAAAAAGAUGUGAAAAUGGCGGAGCUACAAAUGCUUCUGGAGGAGGAAAUCCCAGCAGGACGGAGCGCUCUGCUGGAUAGUUUCACCAAUCUGGAGAGAGUCGCCGAGUACUGCGAGAACAACUAUGUCCAGUCUCCAGACAAGCAGCGGGCGCUGGAGGAGACCAAGAACUACACCACCCAGUCCCUGGCCAGCGUGGCAUACCUGAUCAACACACUGGCUAAUAAUGUCCUGCAGAUGCUGGACAUCCAGGCGUCGCAGCUACGCCGCAUGGAGUCUUCUAUCAACCACAUUUCCCAGACGGUGGACAUUCAUAAAGAAAAAGUGGCCAGACGGGAGAUAGGUAUCCUCACAACAAACAAGAACACGUCACGCACACACAAGAUCAUCGCCCCUGCCAAUCCAGAGAGGCCUGUACGCUAUAUCCGCAAGCCCGUUGACUACAGCAUGCUGGAUGACAUGGGCCACGGAGUCAAGUGGUUGCAAAGAUUUAAGGCCAGUUCUCAGAGCAUGAAAGCUGGAGGAGGCGGACUUCCUCGCACAAACCCCCCUACACAAAAGCCCCCCAGCCCACCUGUGAGCGGGAAAGGGACCCUUGGGCGGCACUCACCAUAUAGGACACUUGAACCGGUGCGUCCUCCUGUUGUCCCUAACGACUACGUCUCAAGCCCGACGCGCAACAUGGCGCAUCCCCUGCAGAGCCCAGCACGCAAUGCAUCUGUUAAUCAGAGGAACCGCACGUACAGCAGUGGCAGCAGCGGAGGCAGCCAUCCUAGCAGCAGUCGCAGCAGCAGCCGGGAGAACAGUGGCAGCGGCAGCGUGGGAGUGCCGAUAGCUGUGCCCACCCCAGCCCCGCCUACCGCCUUUCCAGCCCCUCCUGCCCCAUCCAACACACCUAAGCAAACACCCGACGCGACCCCCAUGCCCCUUGUUUGUGACGGCCCCCAUCAGGCCUCUAACUCGCCUGUUGAGAUCCCGCAUGUACCCCCACCCCCUCCCCAGCUCCCCAAUUCUACAGCCCCCACUGGCACAGGAACCGCCCCUUGUGGCAACCCUGCACAAUGUGCGCCUCAGUUUUACAGCAUGAACCGCACGGUGCAGCCGCCUCAGAACGCCCAUGUGGGGGGAUCACUGCCUUACCGUCGGCCCUCAUCUGUCACUGGCCAGCCCAACAUGGCACCCAACCAGAACCAGCUCAAUGGGGGGCCACACUUUGCCCAGAACCAAGGCCCACUUGCGCCCCCUCCCCCUUCCAUGCAGAUCACCCCCCAGCUCCCCCUGAUGGGCUUUGUGGCCCGGGUUCAGGAGACCAUCUCAGACGUGCCGCCCCCGCCUCCCCUCGCGGACGAGCCGGUGUUUGAGGAGCCUACACCUCCCCCCCCUCCACCGGAGGACUACGAGGAUGAUGAAGACGAGGAGGAGGAGUCAGCGGUGGUGGAGUACAGUGACCCAUACGCAGAAGAAGACCCGCCCUGGGCGCCGCACACCUACCAAGAGAAAGUGGUGGCCAUCUACGACUACUGUCGCGACAAAGAAGACGAGCUGUCCUUCCAGGAGGGCGCCAUCAUCUACGUGAUCAAGAAGAACGACGACGGCUGGUACGAGGGCGUGAUGAACGGAACCACGGGCCUCUUCCCCGGCAACUACGUGGAGUCCAUCAUGCACUACGCUGACUGAGCACCACCCCUCCCUAACCCUCCUCUGGGGGGGGGUCGGGCGGUUGGUGACGGGCGGAAAGAGAAGGAAAGGAGGGGAGCCGAGGGUUAAAGGUCAGAGACUUUGAACAGACAGAGCAUGAUCACCUCUGGGAUGGAACGUGGAAAGGAAAGUUGUCCACCUAAACAACCACUACUUUCUUUCUGCCCACUCAUUCAUUUGUGUUGCUUUCAAAUUGCCCUUUUAGUUCUCAGCAUCAUAUUUAUUUGGAAGAAGAUGUCCACGUUGCAGGGCUCACACACGACAUUUCUCCUCUCGUCACCAUCAGUGUGACACACUGCUACAUGACAAAGUGCUGGAAGCCUCAACUUCUUUUAGUUCCCUAUUUAAGUAGAUCGUUGCUCAGUCGCUCUUCUGGAAGGUCACAUGACCCCGAAAGGAGUCGAAUUGCACAAUAACGGCUUGUGAUAUUUGGGAGGAAUAACACAGGAGAUCCCUCAAGUCUGGAUGGAAAUCAUUCCGACAUGUUACACAACUGGAAUACAGCGGUGCCGAGGUUUGGCUGGAAUCUGCUUCAAAAAGUCCAACACAAUUUAAAUCAUACAAAAACUCAUGAGAACUGAUUUUAAUCCAUGAAUCUGUUCCAGAUACAAGAGUGGGGGUGUUUCUUUCUUGAAUUCAAUACGGUUGCUCACCUUUUUUAUCAAAGUGCUGUCACUCGCAACUUUCCUUGGCCUGGUGGUGGUUUCUGUGGCAGUGGUACAGCAAUGUGACCAUGCUUUGUUUGGGCGCUCAGGAAAACACCUUUGUUUGGAAAUGUGUUUGAUAACCCAGACAAAAAGCUCAUUUGGCAAACAGCACACAAACCGAGGUACCGCUGUAUUAGCAACUAACAUUAGCGCCGCAAAGGUUUGCUCCACGCAAUAACGCCACUUGUGUUGUAGUCCCCUGCAGCGGGAAGGCAGUGUUCUAUGCACUUACCAGGCUUCUUCUUUGGGUGUGGCCCUCCUGAAGUGACUUAGCAGAGUGGCAUGUGUCGACGUGAAGGAGGAAAAACAACGCUGUGUUAAUAAUUGACGUCUUAAUAUUUUUAGAUAUGACUUUUUAUUUUUAAUAUUCAGCAAGUGAUGCAUUUCUGUGGUUUCCCAGACACGUGUGCCAUAUUGAGGGGUGUGCUUGCUUCUUGUUUGACUCCACUUUUUUUCCCCAAGUUGUUUUGAACCAAAAAGCACACACAUUUGUAGUGAAAUGUCGAAGAAUUGAUAUACGAGAUGUGUUCUGUCCUGCAGGCCAGAUUUAUUGGUUAUGAAGAGAGCCGUGGUGUUGAUAUGGUGUGAACGCCUCAAUACCUCUAAUCUCAGCAGUUUUAGGGGUGUAUCAUCUCAAAUACGCUUGACUGUGUUCGGUAUUAGCGAGGCCUCAGUGCUUAAGCCAGAAACUUUAUUUUCUACAAGAAAAAAAAAGAAAAUAAAUAUGCCAGUGGGUGUGUAUUUGAGUCUUGCAUGCCAUUGUUAUCUGUGCUGUCCCAAAUAACGGAAAGAGAAAGAGUUCUGACCCGCCUCAUCCGAGGGGACGGUUCCAGUCCUGCUUGGAGCUCACAUCCAAGGAGCUGCUUUCCAGCCUGCGGGAGGGAAGAGGGAAGAGGGAAGAGGGAAGAGGGUCUUGGCUUCUUCCUCUCAUGUCAGCGGGGAAGCUGUCAUAAUGCCAUUGUGUUGCACAUUUGAAGUGGAAUUGCAGAAGUAUCAUGUUUGUAAAAAUCCAGAGAAGAAAGAUAAUAAAGAUAUAAGAUUGAAUUACUCGUCAGUGUGACUAAC